CUGCUCUCGUUCUUUAACCGCGACAUGGCCGCCACCGAUGGCCAGAUCAUAUUGGCCGCAUCCCGUUUUGGGGAUGCGACGCCCGUUUAUUUGCGCGACUUCUCCAAGCAGCCGCUGCCGGCGGUGGCCAAAAUACUUAAGGGCCAGCAUCAGGCGCUGGGCGUGCCCACCCUAUCGGCGCCCUCGCUCCAGAGCACGGCGCUCUUUUUGAGCGCUGGCAAAAAAUAUCAGAUAUUGGCGCAGCCCAUCAAGAUCAAGGAGGGCCGCAAGCCCACUAACGUGGGCGCCAAGGUGCUCAUACCGGAGACAUACGGCGGCUAUUUUGAGCUGCUCAGCGAGGACGGACGCUCGACGCGCUGCAUCGAUUCCGUUCUGGAGCUGGCCAGGCGGCGCAAUGCCCGCGUCCUGGUGCGCGAAACAUUUCGCUGCCAGCAGAUGAAUCGCACCAUACACGCCGGCGAGCUGUUGACCACCAUGAACGACAACGGCAAAUAUCUGCAGUGCCGCAAUAUCAAGGACGAGAUCAUCAAUCUGCCACUCGAUACCAAAGCCAAGUUCUCGCCGAUUGCGCGCGAGGACAGCAUUAGCGGAGUGCACACCGUCAAGAAUCUGCUGCUCAAGCGGAUGCCCGUCAUUGUGAGACUCGUCCAUGGCAGCGCGCCAAAGGGCCUGAAGCAGCCUUUUGUGCCGGAGCUGCGGCUGCUGGGCUGCGUGGAGAUCGAUCGGAUAUUCGCGCUGCCGCUGCAGAAGGACACGGAUCUGGUGCCGGUGCCGUUGAAUGCAAAGAUUAAGCUGCAGCGCGUCAAGAAUAUGGAGCAGCUGGAGCAUUUCAUAGAGUAUACGCGCUUUCUGGACAAGGCGCAGCGACUGCUGGCGGACGCGCGGGAUCGCCUGCAGAUUGUCGAUCUCAAGCUGAGCGAAAAGGAGAAGAAGGACUCCAAGUUCAGCAGCCGCAACAGCGGCAACAGGCUGCCGGUGGUAAUGCUGCCCUCCGCAGCGGGCCUGGCCAGCGGCUGGGUCGAGAGCGGCUAUGUGCUGCGCAAGAGCGCCAGCUGCGACUCCUGGUCUAAGCAGCAGCAGCAGGCGCUCAACAGCGCCGACAUCGCCGAGGAGUACAACGAGAUCGAUCACAUCUAUGACUAUGUGCGCGGCCUGACGCCGCUAUCGAAGGGCCUGUCGCGCUUCGAGCCUAUCUGCGAGUCGCCCACACUCAAGUCGCAUCACACGGACAGCAGCGGCAAUGGCAACUACUGCAGCCUGAUACGCGCGCCGGCAGCUCCUGCUGCCGCUGCCCAGUCACAGCAGCCCAGCAGCAACAAUAACAACAACAACUACAGCAGCCUGGAGUCGAACAAGCAUAGCAGCAGCAACGGCGGCGGAGGACACCAUCAUCCGUACCCGCACCAUCAGCAGCCGCCGCAGCAGCAGCAGCUGCUGCAUCAGCAUCACCAUCAUCCGUCGGCGCUGCUGGUCAAUCACUAUCAUCACAGCCAUAUACAAGAGGAUAUCAAGCCGGUGCCGCCGCCCAUUGAGACGAUACCCGGCAAGAAGCCGGCCGAGAAGCGGCAGCGUCCCACAUUACCAAAGCUUUACAUCAAGAAUGCGAAUGCGCACAGCGCCGGCAGCAGCAGCAAUGGCAACUCCACCGGCACCGGCACCAGUCACAGUCACAGCCAUAGUCACAGUCACAGUCACAUUCACAGUCAGAGCCAUUCGCAGCAGCAGCUGCCGCCAACGCCGGGUAGCAGCAGCAACAACAACAACACGGCCGCCAUUGUGGCCAGCGCCGCUGCAGCAGCGGUAAACGCUCACCACGCCCACUCGCACGCCCAUGCACACCACGCACACACACACCCACACGCACACCCACACCACGGCAAGGUGCUGACGCCCAACAAUCAUUUGCCCGUUAAAGAAACGCUGGAGCCGCAGUCGCCGCUGUUUCAUAUCAGAUACAAGAGCCUCAGCAGCCUGCAGCUGACGCCGGACAGCAAUACAGGGGCCAUGACGCCGCCGACGAUCUCAGCCAAGGCAGCAGCAGCCGUAGGGGGCGGGGGCGGUGGCGGCUCACAGACGCCGCCCGAUGUGGUGCUCAAGUGCGGCAGCAUACUCAACUCGCACGGCUAUCUGGCGCACAGCCGCAGCUCGAGCAGCAACAACAACAACAAUCACAACAACCAUAAUCCGCGCGAGGGAACGCUGGACUCGUCGCGCAGCGGGGGUCGCACAUCGGGCGAUUCACAGAAGCUGCCGGAGAAGAAGACGCGACGCUUGUCGCGGCCGCGCAGCCUCUCCAAUCUAGUGUGGGAUCUGCGGCCAUCUAAGGAGAAGUCCAAGAAGAAGCUCUAUGUGCAUCAUUUUGAUCAGCGUCAGCAGGCGACGCUCUAUCUCUAGGAUGUCAAAAGGGUUGCCGAGCUAUGCGGAGUCGAGCUGGAAUGGAGUGGAGUGUAAUGGAGUGGAGUGGAGUGGACCAGAGUGGACUGGAAUGAAGUGGAGGAGAUUCGUUGCCAAAUCGUUUCGCUGCCAUCAACGACAAACCCACAGACAACAACAACAACAACUACAACAAAAACAACAACAACAAGCAUCAGCAACAUUUAGCGCUGUGUGUGUUCCUGCAGCUUUCACCAUUUUAGCUUGCAGCAGCAAUUUUAAUUAACAAUUGAAUUGUGCCUUCCCCUGCGCCCAGAACUAUGCUUUAAACAAAAAUUCCACUGAAAUAUUUUUGAAGAAUAUUUUGCCUGGAUGGACGAAAGAGAACGAAUAAUGAGAGAGACGAAGAUACAGUGAAGAAAAAUGACGGAAGAACCAAACAAAACCAAUCACAUGAAGCGCUGACAACACACACACAC